AUGAGGGGAUUGAAUUUUUUUCUGGAAAUUUUGCUCAUCCUCCAGCUCUUCCUAUCCUUCGAAUCUGCGCUUCGAUCCGUUGAGACAGGAAAGUAUGCUAAGCUCAAGAGCCGCGGAGAGGACGAGGCAGAGAAGAAAGUUGAAUUGAACUCUACCGCAACAUUGAAAAAGCAGCGCGACAAGAUCAAAAGUAAGAGAGCAAGAAAAAGCAGAGCAAUGCAGCAAGACAGACAGGAUGAAAAGUCAAAGGAGAAAGCAAGACCAAAAGGAACAAGACAGCAAUACAGGCGAGAUGAAGAGAAAGAGGAGAGCAAGACAGACGAAAUGAGCAUACUGGUGGAAUCUAUCUCACAAAUCCAGCGCCGGAUCGAGAUGUGCCAAGACCCGGCAGAAAAGCAACGGCUGACCAGUCAGCUUGAGAGGAAGGAGCUCGAGCACAAGCUCACGCUCGAGAAGAAGGAGCUCGAGCACAAGAUCGAGAUGUGCCAAGACCCGGUAGACAAGCAACGGCUGACCAGUCAGCUUGAGAGGAAGGAGCUCGAGCACACGGUCAAGCUCGAGAGGAAGGAGCUCGAGCACAAGAUCGAGAUGUGCCAAGACCCGGCAGAAAAGCAACGGCUGACCAGUCAGCUUGAGAGGAAGGAGCUCGAGCACACGCUCACGCUCGAGAGGAAGGAGCUCGAGCACAAGCUCACGCUCGAGAGGAAGGAGCUCGAGCACAAGAUCGAGAUGUGCCAAGACCCGGCAGAAAAGCAACGGCUGACCAGUCAGCUUGAGAGGAAGGAGCUCGAGCACACGGUCAAGCUCGAGAGGAAGGAGCUCGAGCACAAGCUCACGCUCGAGAAGAAGGAGCUCGAGCACAAGAUCGAGAUGUGCCAAGACCCGGCAGAAAAGCAACGGCUGACCAGUCAGCUUGAGAGGAAGGAGCUCGUGCUUGACAAACACAGGGCCGAGGUCCGGGAGGAAGAGGCAGAAAGCGCAAUUUGGACAGAAAAAACCUUGAGUCGUGAUCUGGUGGGGCACAGGGAGGCGAACAAACUCUUCUUUCUCGAUCGAUCGCUGUUUGAUCCAAUCAGCUCGUCACAAGCAGGGGUGCGUGUGCUGUACUGCCGAGAUUCCUUCAAUGAGCAGUGGCGUUUCCUUGACGACCGGGUGUGCAAGGCGGGGUGUCUGGGUUGGAUUCUAGGGCCUCCGGGGACGGGGAAGACGACGACGACGAUGUCCUUCAUGCAAUCGCGAGGCAUGGAGGAGGGAUGGAGGGUGAUAUGCUUUCGGCUGUGGAAGUGGGGAAUUGUCGAAUUCUUACAGGUUGAUGAUGGCGUAUUGAGAAAAUGUGAGAUGCCUGCCGACAAUGCGGGGGCUUGGAUACCGAAAUUUCUCAGAGAACGGGCACCGAGCGGGAAGAAGACUUUGGUGUCUAUAGAUGGUUACCGACAGGGGGAGCAAGCACAUGGAUUUGUGCUGAGUGCUUGCCUGUAUUGGGUUCAUCGUGAACUGGAGAAUCGGCGGCUUGUUAUCACAACGUCGAUGAGCUCUCGAGCAAAGAAGAGUUCCGAGCAAGAUGCGAAUGAGAAGGUCGAAGAAAUGAUGGUGUAUUCGUGGACAAUGGAAGAGUAUCUGGAAGCCUGUAGGUACGACGCGUUCUAUAAGAGUGUGGCUGAUGUGAUGAAAUGGAGCUUGGAUGAAGAAGAGGGAAGCAUGGAUGAAGGCGAGGGAAGCAUGGAUGAGACAGAACAAGAGAGAAGGUCGAGAGAAAUCGAGUCAAAGUAUCAGAUUGUAGGAGGCUCAUGCCGAUAUAUGUUUGAACGUAGGACAGAUGAAGCGAUCCAAGAACUCCGUGACGGGAUAGAGGCUGUUCCUGAUUUUGCGUCCCUGUUUGACAUGGGGAUGGGAGAGCGUGCAAACAAUGCUGUGAAUCGCCUGCAUGGGAAGUAUCGUGUCGAAGACGAGGUGCACUGGACGCUUGUCAGCAGGUUUGUUUCCAUGGAGCUAGCACAGAGGCUUGGAGAAACGUUUGUGAGGAAGAUUGAAGAACUCGUUGACGCAACUGGGAAUCCGACACUUCGGGGUUGGUUGUUUGAGAUGCUGUUCUUUGCUCGGAUACGAGGGGCAGGGCUGCAGCUUACCACGAGGUCCGAGAUAGUCGACGAUUGGAAAAGAUGUAACGUGAUAAGGCUGGAAGCUAUGCAAAUCCAUAAGCUGCAGGAAAAGACAAAAGUAGCAAGGGUGUGCCUGAAGCCAUUGAAAUGGAAUCAGGGGGGCUACGAUGCAGUGAUUGUUGACUGGAGUGAAAAAUUUGUGCGCUUUGUGCAGGUAACGACUAGGCAGUCGCAUGACCUCAAACUGCGAUACAUGGCAAAGUGCCUGCAACUUUUGGGCAUUGGGAAGGAGGAAGGCUGGAAGGUGGAGAUAGUGUUUGUCGUUCCCGAGGAGAUUCUCAACAGCUUCAGCGUGAAGAAUGUGGAAAAUAAAGGCAUUCUUGCAAGGUACGGGUGGACCCGCGGCAAUGAAGCGAUCGAAGCGCAGGUGUUUGGUAUGGAUCCCAGAACGCGACGGUAG